UCUUCAAUUAAUUUUCACACCAACUAAAUAAACAAAUUCAAAAAUAAACCCAAAAAAAUAGAGAGGAAAUACGUAGAUUUAAGAAGUAGGAGAGCCAUCUUUAUAAAAUCAACAAGUACAGGGGCGAAACAGAAGUAUUGUCUCAUCUAUAUAAACCAAAUUUUCAAAUCGGCAUUUCAUCAAACAAUACCGCGCCAAGCGACACCUUCCAAAAUCGACUGACGUAUGGACUGAAACGAUAGAAAAAAAAUAUGGUUCUCCUUUGCUUCUUGCUGGAUCUACGUAGCCUCUCGCCUCCAUUGCUCAGAGACCUAAAGCAGUCAAUGUUACAGCUCGCUAAUUUCUACACUGUUUCGUCGAAUUGGAGGAGUAAAUCGGGUCCUCUCAGAGAUCGAAUCGGUUUGUGCUACGUCAUCAAAAACCGCAUUUCUUCUUCCGACGAGCUGAAGGUGGCGUAUGGUCCGAGAGGAGACUUCAGUCUUCGUGAUUUCCACCACGCUGUUAACAGUUUGCCAACCGAUUCGUAUUCUCCUGAGAUCAACGAUUCUGGAUCGCUCCCUUGCCAUGCAGAUAUGAAACUUGCAAGUGUUUUGAGUGAUGAAGUUUUGUACUCGUGGGGAGGAAAAGAUAUUGUGCGAAAAGUGAUUGUCUUGAGUUCAUUUUUACCUGAAAAUAUAGACUCUGCCUUGAAAGAAACACUUAUGGAUGCCGCAGAUAAAUGUGUUUCAGUGGAGUUCAUUUUGCUUGAACAAAGAUCUAACCAUCUUAGUGACAUAAGGGAGAAUAUCAACACUUUUUCCAGAUGUAUUUCUGAUCUUGACAACUGCUCCUUUCAAUCUUACCUUCCAGCAACUGUGACAGAGGUCAAAGUAUUUCAUGGCCUGGUGAAACAAUGGUUACAAGAUCUAAGGGAUGACAUGGAAGAGCCAUUGCAGGCUCAUUUUAUCUUUAAUAGUAUCCUUGCAGGCUCUUUGAAGCAGAUAUCCUGCAAUUUAUCUGCUUCUGUCAAUCUUAUAAUUGAUGGAUUCAACACCUGUAAGACAUGCAGGUGCCAUGGUGUUCCAUUGGGCAAUGCGGUAAAAAGUAGGAUUGAAAGGCCUUCUUGUCAAGUCACUUGCCAUGAACUUGGAGCAUUUGAUGUGAUUGACAAUUCUGUGAAGGUUGGAGAAAACACAAUCCUGUUUAUGCCCUCUUUUGAAAGUUCCAUGAAACUUCAAAAGGCUUCUUCACCUGUCGAAUUCAAUAUAAUAGAGCGGACCAACCUACGGUCUCUAAGUGAAGGAGUUUUAUUUGGGAAUCCCUAUUUUGUAACUCCAUCGACUUCCUCAGAUAUAGAAGCUGCCUCAGAUGAAGUGGAUCAGUUAGAAUUAAAUGCUCAAUUCUUCAAAGGGCUUUGCAGUGCUCUACAUUCAUUGGACCAAGGCUUGGUGUGCUCUUCAAAUUGCAAUGUAGAAACCAUGAGGGAGGCAACAUUCAAUUGCUAUUAUAUUCUUCAACCUUCAGAGAAUGGACCAAUGCUUCUCAGGCGCCUUGCAGGAUCAGAGGAAGUCUUGCCUUUUUCUGAUGUCAAUCGGUUCAUUGAUCAUUCAGUGCCUAAAGAGAUUGAGAUUUCCAUUCAGUCCUCCUUAUUAAAGUUGGACUCAAGGGACUACAAUCCAAUCCUGUAUGAUAGAGGCUUCCAUCAAAAACUUAACUUGCUUGUAAAGGAGAGCUUACAAUUUGGGUCUGUACCACCUAAACUGAAUGAGGCAACAUCUAAACCAGACUCAACCAACCCUGACUCCACCCAAUCGAUUGCACAAUCAACUUCAUCAGUCGGUGCCAUGGUUGUAGAUGAGGAAACGUCACAGCUAGAUCAGACAGUUGGAGAAGACAAAACCACAGCUUCUAUUGCUGAAGAAUGGGAGCGACUGGUUGUUAAUGAAAUCCCCGUGAAAUAUUCUCCCACUUGUACACCCAAGCCCAAGUCAGAUCAAUCAGUUCUACUUCUAUCCCCACCAGACAACAGCAGGCAGCUAGAUAUAAAUACUACAAGGAUACUAGAGAGGCUGGAGGUGCCAAGACAGUUAAAAUCAAAAGCAGCACUCUCUCCCAGCUUUAUCAGCAGCAAAAUCCCAGAUGUAGGAAACAUGGCAAUGAAGAAACCCCUUAUCCCUUUCCAACCCAAUCAGGCUGCGGAUCAAGGCGUGACCUCAACCCAACUAAUCAAGCCCAGUUUCCCAAGGUUAAAACGGAAACAUAAAUGAAAGGUCAGGAUUCAGGAGGCCUGUCUUUGCGUUUUAUGGCUAACUGUCAAAUCCAACUUUUCAUUCCACUUAAACCUGUUGGACUAAAUUAGAACGUGCGCACUCACGCUUGCGUAUUUCUCAUCUAACAGACUAAAAGCAAAAUCUCUUUUUGGUGGGCUACCAUGGCCUCCCAAAUCCUCCCAAUCAACCAACGCACCAUCUUUUUUUACUCAAUUAUUUACCAAUUUUUGUGCAGAAAAGACUUGGAUAAAUAAUAAAACCAUUAUAAUUUAUACAAUUACAAAAAAAAAAAAAAAAA